GGAAGGGGGCAAAGAAAGCAGCGACGCCUGGGAGCGACGCUCGCAAGCUGAUGUUCCGCUGGCUUUAAAAUGGAAAGCGACACCACUGUCCGGAGAAUAAAACCAUCGUCGCUCGGGACACAUGAUAGCUAUGCGGUGGCCGCGGGGCACCGAUACGCCGGGGACUACAACGGCUGGGGCGACGACGAGCCGAAGAGGAAGCCCGACGUGAGCUUGUACCUGCUCAGAGAGGGUCUGGCAACCUCCCUGGUCUGCUUGUUUAUUUUGCUGCUGUGGGCUCUGGUUCAGUUGUCGCUCCAGCAUCUCGUCAUAGGGAGGCCGGGCGGAGAGUUCAACGCGGACAGAGCGAGGUGGCACCUGGAGCGCAUCACCAGCGUCGGGCCUCGGCCGACGGGCAGCCAUGAGAACGAGGUCAUGACGGUGACCUAUCUGCUGGAGGAAAUUGACAAGAUACGCCAGGAGACGGUGCAGGGCACGCAUUGGAUCAACGUGGACGUGCAGAGGCCCACGGGCUCUUUCUCCAUCGACUUCCUGGGCGGCUUCACCAGCUACUACGACCGCGUCACCAACGUGGUCGUGCGUCUGGAGCCGAAGGGCGGCGCGCAGCAUCUGAUGCUGGCCAACUGUCACUUUGACACCGUGGCCAACAGUCCAGGGGCGAGUGAUGACGCUGUGAGCUGCGCCGUCAUGCUGGAAGUCCUCUACUCUCUGGCCAACCAGUCGACUCCUUUCCAACACGGCGUCAUCUUCCUCUUUAAUGGCGCAGAAGAAAAUGUCCUGCAGGCUAGUCAUGGUUUCAUCACUCAGCACCCGUGGGCCAAACAAGUGAGAGCCUUCAUUAACCUGGAGGCAGCAGGUGUCGGGGGAAAGGAGGUUGUUUUCCAGACAGGUCCAGAGAAUCCAUGGCUGGUCCAGGCGUACGUCCAAGCUGCCAAACACCCCUUUGCCUCCGUGGUGGGCCAGGAGGUCUUUCAGAGCGGCGUUAUCCCCUCAGACACCGACUUCCGCAUCUAUAGGGACUUCGGUAACAUCCCAGGUAUUGACCUGGCUUUCAUCGAGAACGGCUUCAUCUACCACACCAAGUAUGACACUGCCGACAGAAUCCUCACGGACUCCAUACAGAGAGCAGGUGACAACAUCCUGGCCGUCCUCAAGCACCUGCUCAAUUCCGAAAAGCUGGCUGGCUCCUCGGAGUAUCGCCACGGCAACAUGGUGUUCUUUGAUGUGCUCGGAGUGGCCAUAGUGGCUUACCCGGCACAUGUUGGGACCAUCAUCAACUACAUGGUCGCCAUAGCAACUUUCGUCUACCUGGCCAGGAAAGCCUCCUUGCCCAGCAACCGGGCAGGCGGGCGCUACGUUCGAGAGCUGGCCUGCGCCACAGGCGUUGUGGUUCUUAGCUGGUUGGUCACCCUGCUGUCCGUUCUGAUUGUCGCUGUACUGGUGACGCUGCUGGGCCGCUCCAUGUUCUGGUACAACCACUUCUAUGCCUCCGUGUGUCUCUACGGAGCCGCCGCCACGGGCAAGAUGGUGCUUGUGCACACGCUGGCCAAGAACCUCUACUACGGGGGUGUGCGUCUGCUGGAGCUGGGUGAAUUGUACUUCGACGUGAACCUGAUGCUGUGGUGCUGCAUCCUGCUAUGGUUGACCCAGAAGGGCCUUUGUUCCGCCUACGUGCCCAUGCUCAUGGUGGCCUUCCCCCUGGUCACCAAACUGCUGCUCGCCAAGGAAUUUAAGAACAGAGGAGCGUCACUCAAGUACAGCGUCCUUUACCUGCUGGGUCUGGCCUUGCCCUAUCUGCACUUCAUGUUUCUCAUUUGGGUGGUCUUUGAGAUCUUCACGCCAAUCAUGGGACGCAGCGGCACCGAGAUACCGCCGGAGGUGGUCCUGGCCGCCAUGGUUACCAUUGGGACUAUAUUGAUCUCUUCCUUUUUCAUCCACUUCAUCUAUUUGGUGCGGAGCACAAAGCGGAUCUUGACGGGCCUGGCAUCCAUCUUCACGGUCAUGUUCCUGUUAGUGUCCUGCAGUCUCCUCUUUCCUUAUUCGGGAGACCCCGACAGCCCACGACCUAAGAGGAUCUUUUUGCAGCACACGACUCGGACCUUCCACGAUCUCGAGGGCCGGGUGGAGAGUCAGGACUCGGGCGUGUGGAUCAACAGCUUUGACUACACGGGCAUCCAGCACAUCACGCCGCACAUCCCUGAAAUCAACGACAGUGUCCGCACGCACUGCCGCGAUGACCACCCCUUCUGCGGCUACCCCUGGUUCCUGCCUGUCAAGUUCCUCAGCAAGAAGAACUGGUACCUCCCUGCUCCUCAAGUGUCUCCAAGCUCCCCGGUGGAGUUUAGCCUGGUGUCCAAGGAGAAGACCCCGUGGGGAACCAUCAAGAUGAUCUUUGAUGUCAACGGUCCCAGUCACAUGUCGCUGUACUUGAUGCCUCAUAAAGGAGCCAGUCUCACCUCCUGGUCCUUCGGUGACGGCACACCUCAGUUUGACCUGAGCGGAGAAUAUUUUGUCUUCUAUUCACACGGCUCGAAUGCGCCCACGUGGACCUUCUGGUUUGAAAUACAGCCGCCCAGCGAUCCGAUCCCGUCAGGCCCCGAGGGGAUCAUCUCAGUGGCCAUCUCCACGCACUAUUUCUUCGGGGACGACCAGAAGACGCCUGAGCUGGAGAAACUCCUGCGCAGGUUCCCCUCUUGGGCUUUCCCGUCAUCGUGGGUCAGCACUUACGACAUGUACAGAUACUGAAGGGGGCCGCCCCCCCCCACAACAGAGAUGUGGUGGAACUGUAAUAAGGUUCUUGCUGCCUUUACACACACACACACACACACACACACACACACACACACACACACACACACACACACACACACACACACACGCGCACACACACACCGCCUGAGAGACCCCCACCAUCACUGUGUCUAACCAAGCUAAGAAAUCGGCUCACUUCCUGAUCGGUGCAAAGACAUGGGAGAGGGGGGGGGUCGGCCUCUUUAUUUAUCUCAAAUCUGUGGUGCCUUUUUUUAAUCCUUCUCGUUCUCCCCCAAUCUUUCUUUUUCAGCACCCCCCGUUAUCCACUCUAACGCUAACAUGCUACCUCUCCUCUUCAUCAGCAAAAAGCCCCCCUUCCUUUGCUAACACCACUAUCAGCACUGCAGUCUUCGCACUUAAACUGGAAAACCUUUAUUUUUUUUCCGUGUCCAUCCGUUAUCAUGAGUCAUAUUAGCAACAAAGCUAAUUGAGUCCAAUUCAGAAACCUGUGCCUGGAAGUUCAAAACAAAAUAUGUUAAGCUGUGAAAUCCACGUUUUGGGGGGUUUGUCUUUAAACAUCCGACCUGAUAAAUGUUUAGUCGAGAGAAACCAGCAAUGCAACGUAAGACAUAUUUAUCUUCAUGCGUUGUCAUGGAAACAUGGCGUCCGGGAUAUCUUUAUAUACUGUAACAGGAAGUGAAGUUGCUAUUUGCUGGGGAUGGGCAUCAUCAUCAGAAUGAUUAUAGAUAAUUAAAUAAUGUAAAAAAUAUUAAUUGACAACUAGAUGUAAAUCUUGUCAUACAUUUUGUAUUAGUUUGGUCCAUUGAGUGCGACUUUUGAUUGAGUUUAAAAGCAAUGGAGGCAAAAUAUUGCACUACUUUGCUGCCACCAGCAGAGGCGCUGUUGAUUCACGUUAAAAAAACAAUAAAGUUGAGUCACAGACAGUAAAGUAGUCUUUUCAUGACACCAGCAUGGAAACAGGAGUUUAGAACAUUCCUAUCAAUAAAAAAAAAUGAUAAUGAAUUUAUUGUUGUAUUUUAUCUAAUAAAAAACAUGUAAAUUAAUACAAUGAGCUAUUAAUUGAUGGUAAAUCUUACCCAAAUAAUUUUGUUUUUUAAAUAAAAUUGUAAUCAGUUGUUCUCUAAAUAAUAAACAACAUAUACACAUUUCCAUUAAUAAAACAAAUGUUUAAAAAAUAACAGUGAAUAUAUUUAAAUAUUUUAUGUAAUAAAAAAAACAAUAGAAUGUGGCAAUAAUUGAUGGUAAAUCUUCACUCAAUGUAGUAUUUAUAAAAUUGUAAUCAGUUGUUCUCUGAAUAAUAAACAACAUAUACACAUUUCCAUUAAUAAAACAAAUGUUUAAAAAACAACAGUGAAUAUAUUUUAAUAUUUUAUGUAAUAAAAAAAACAAUAGAAUGUGGCAAUAAUUGAUGGUAAAUCUCAACUCAUUUUAGUAUUUAUAAAAUUGUAAUCAGUUGUUCUCUGAAUAAUGAACAACACAUACACAUUUCCAUUAAUAAAACAUGUUUAAAAAAUAACAGUGAAUAUAUUUGAAUAUUUUAUGUAAUAAAAAAAUAAUAGAAUGUGCCAAUAAUGAUGGUAAAUCUUAACUCAAUUAAUAGUGAAUAUUUUUUUUAAAAAUUGCAAUUAAUUGUUCUCUAAAUAGUAGAAAGAAUGUACUGUAUUUUUUUUUCCAAUGUGUUAACAACAACAACAAAUAUUGGAAAUUGAUUUACUUUCACCUAUAAAUAUAAUGUCCAUCCCUAGUAUUUAAUUGACAAAAGCGUCGUUAUUAUUUUAUGUAAUAAGAAACACGUAAAUUAAUAAAAUGAGCUAUUAAUUGAUGGUAAAUCUUACCCAAAUAAUAACAUUUUUAUUUAUAAAAUUGUAAUCAGUUGUUCUCUAAAUAAUAAACAACAUAUACACAUUUUUAUUAAUAAAAAAAAUGUUUAAAAAAUAACUGAAUAUAUUUUAAUAUUUUACAUAAUAAAAAAAUAAUAGAAUGUGCCAAUAAUUGAUGGUAAAUCUUAACUCAAUUAAUAGUGAAUAUUUAGAAAAUUGCAAUUAAUUGUUCUCUAAAUAGUAUAAAGAAUGUAUUGUAUUUUUUUUCCAAUUUGUUAAUAAUGACAAAAAAUAUUGGAAAUUGAUUUACUUUCACCUAUAAAUAUAAUGCCCAUCCCUAGUAUUUAAUUGACAAAAGCCUCGUUAUUCUUGUCUGUACAAAUACUGUAAGUGGGCCGCAAGCAAACACUGUACAACCACACUUUGUGCCACUUUAGUAGUAAUAAUAAAUCAUGAGAUUACUGAACGCUGCUAUCAACACUUUUUGCCGUCAAAAGUAGCGUUUGUCCUUGCCAUCCAUCACACGUCACAUGACCCUGUCACGCAAAGCGUCAAGAGAUGGCUUGCACUCGACUUGAAACUCUUCACACUGAUCGUUGAAACUGCUGACGCGGGCCUCCCGUGUACAGGAUGAAAACAUCACCAAGACAAAUGUAUUGGGACAGCCUAAAUCACUACUCGGUGCGUCUCAAUGUUUUUGUCCAUACAGCACAGUUUUGAUUGUUUCCUAAAUCAUUUUAACCGAAGGCGAACCCGCUUUUGAUGGAGAGACUAAUCCACAAAACAUUACUAACUACAGUGGAACCUCCCAAGUUCAACAACACAUUGUCACUAUUUGGAGCGCACCUUAAUUUUCCUGUUAAAAUGUUCCUCAAAAGUCAGCUCAGCGAGUGCCUAAAAGUGCAUUUUGGCUUUGGUUUUGUCUCGUUUAUUUUUCCGUGCCACCACCAAAAUGUGGUGGGUAAGUGGGAUGAUAAGCAUAGUGCAGGAAAAGGAACUUAAACUGCCUGCCCAGUACCAUAAGAACAACACAACGACAUGCACAAAUUAACAUAAACAUAUUUAGUGUACAAUACAUUGCAAUACCUAUAAAAUGCCAGUAGGUGAUCCCUCUCAUAACGUUGCACCCAAAAAAAGGUGGUAAUACUUUGAUCCUAAUUUACAUUAUUCUAGCAUUACACACUUUGGAAGUGCCACUGUAGUUUUAUAUGUAUAUAUAUAUAUAUAU